UUGCCGUCAAUCAUGUACGUGGGCGGUGUCAGGUGACAUAAGAUAGUGAGUUCCAGUAAAGAGCACUUAUAGUUUUAGUACACACACAGACAUUUAACAAGCGACAGCAACAGGACUAUCAAAUAAUACUGGACUGGAUUACAAAACUUUAUAACAGCUUCAAUAUGAUGCCUUUCUAACAACAUUGUGACUUUUAAGUCGUGACCAAUGUAAUUAAUUCGGUUUAAAGUAACUGUAUUUUCUUUUUGUUUGUUCUUUCGCGUUUCACGUCAUAUUUUCUUUUUACAAUCAUAUGUGAAAUUUUAGACAAAAUAGUAGGCUAUUGCUCGUACCAUGGCUGACGCAGCCCAAAACCAGAUGGUCGAGAUCGACCCGGACUUCGAGCCGCUCUCCAGACCCCGCUCCUGUACUUGGCCGCUGCCUCGGCCGGAGUUUCCCAUCCCCGCCGCCCCCGACUCCAACACAUCGUCCCCAGCUCCGUCAGACAAGCAAGAGUCCUCAAGCAACAGGGACUUUAUCAACAACCUCAGUUUGCUGGAAGAGAAUGAGGACUUCCCUGAUCAUAAGCCUCUCAUGCUGUGCAGAGAUUUCCAGUGCCAGGAGAACUGCAUCCACCUGCAGCAGAUCCCGAAUCUCCAGCAACAGGUGCCCGUAAUCUCUUCUCCAGUGGCCGCUGCCGCUGAAGCCGCUCAGCGCAAGAGCAGCUCGUCCAGACGCAACGCCUGGGGGAAUAUGUCAUAUGCGGACCUGAUUACCAAAGCCAUCGAGAGCUCCCCCGAUAAUCGUCUCACCUUGUCUCAGAUCUACGACUGGAUGGUGAAAAGCGUCCCUUAUUUUAAAGACAAGGGGGAUAGUAACAGCUCUGCUGGUUGGAAGAACUCAAUCAGACACAACCUGUCCCUACAUAGUAGGUUUAUCCGAGUGCAGAAUGAAGGGACAGGUAAGAGCUCUUGGUGGAUGCUCAAUCCUGAAGGCGGCAAAAGCGGCAAGAGGCCUAGACCCCGGGCUGUCUCCAUGGACAGCAACAGCAAGUUUGCCAAGAGUAGAGGACGAGCAGCAAAGAAAAAGCUUGAUCUUCAGGGAGGGGCUGAGGGGGGCGGAGACAGCCCAGGCUCUCAGUACAGCAAAUGGCCUGGCAGUCCAAACUCCCACAGCAACGAUGACUUUGAUGCCUGGACGGCUUUCCGUCCACGCACCAGCUCCAAUGCCAGCACACUGAGUGGCCGUCUCUCGCCCUUUAUUGAUGAUGAACUUGGUGACUCUGAUGUCCACAUGGUCUACCCGGGCCCUGGGUCAGGUGCCAAAAUGACCUCCACUCUCCCCAGCUUGUCUGAAAUGGCUGGUUUUCUCAGUCACAGGGGCUCUGAAAAUGUGAUGGAGAACCUUCUGGAUAACUUCAACUUGCUCUCACCUAAGAACCCAUCAGUGGGUUCCACAGGAGGGCCUGGGUCAGGAUCCAACCAGUCCUCACCCUCAUCGCUCAUGCAGCCCAGCCCUGGUUACUCCCCCUACAGUUCCCCAGAUCUGGCUGCAGUCAACCAGCAGACCCAACAAGACUAUCGUAAGUGUCUCUACAGUCAGGCAGGAAUGGGCAGCAUGUCCCCCAUGACGAUGCAGCCUCUGCCAGAAAGUAAGCCCUGUUUUGUUUCGGACCCAGGAAAAAUGGGCCAGUUUAACUGCACAGCAGGGCUGCUAAAAGAGCUCCUUACAUCUAAUGGAGAUCCUGUAAAUCUCAUGCCCUCAGUGGACACAGUUGUCUCCCAGUCAGCUGGAGGCAGCGGAUGUAUGUUGCCUCCCUACAGCAGUGGGCGGAAUGAACUUAUGGGAGGUGGAGCAUCUCACAGCCAUACUCUCUCUCAUCCACACAAUAUGGACAGACAAGACACAUCUCUGGUACUGAAUGGGCGACCGGUGCAACCUCUGACCGGCAUCGGUCACAGCGGUGCUGGUGGAUGCUUGGGGAACAUCAAGUCAGCCAUGCAGAUGCAAUAUGAAGGAUCCAGUCACCUUGGAGGUGGGCUUCCUCCUUACUGCAGUGUCAACAGCAACAGAUAUGGGUGCAGCCCAGGAAUGAUGCCCCACCAGCAACAGCAACACCUGGGGAAACUGCCCAGUGAUCUGGAUGGGAUGCCUCUGGAGCGAUUUGAAUGUGAUGUUGAGUCUAUCUUGCAUGAUACGCUCAUGGAUGGAGAAUCGCUGGACUUCAGCUUUGACCCUAUGGCCACCCAACAGGGGUUCCCAACUCACAGUGUAAAGACCACCACUCACGGCUGGGUGUCUGGAUAGGAGCUACUUUUAUUAAACUUAUAAAAUGUAACAACUCAACAGUAUCUGAAGUCAUAAAACAGGACCUUCAAAAUUACUUCUUAAGUAGUUUUGUAAAACACAUAUUUAAAAACUCUGUAGAUAACUAGAUGAUAUGUAAAGUGGCCUGUUGGGCAGUCAUUGAAUUUGAUUCUUUUGAUUUUUACAGGUAAAAAAAGAACUAUAGAACAGCAGUGCUGAGUGGCUGCCCAAACGCAUUCAAACACCUUGUCAGGGAAUGUAACCUCCAUUUUUCUUUCACUUUCUUCACGUUCAAAAUUUAAAAAGUGCCAGACCCAGGUGCCUAUGCUGCACAGCCAAAUUGACAAGCUUUAUUUUGCUGCCUUCUUACUGUAGAGAAUCAGUUGUCAAAUCAGGGCAAUGAAAACCUGAGGCCAUUACAUCUGCUGAAACAUAAACUUACCAGUGUCCACAUUUCAGUAAUGACACCUCAAGUUCAUUUGAUACACUUUAGAAAUGACUUCCAAUGGUAACACAUUCAUGCUGUGCUUCAUGGAGACUCCAUCAUUGGCCUUAAUAGGAAGAAAAACUGGGACAACAGUAGUCAGGAAUGACUGUAAAUAUAUUAAUUAAGAAAUAGUUCUGCAAAAACAUGACCUUGAAAACAUUAGGUAAAUUGUUGCAGACUAGCUCAGCAUAAUGUCAAAUUCAGCAUAUCAUUACACUUUCAUUUCUGUCUUGUUACACUUUCAUUCUGUCUAAGCAUAUUUGACGCAUGGCAGAUGUACUACAUUUCUAAUGAGUGUGUCACUAAUGAUUUAAUGACAACAGAUUUAAUGUUGUUUUGUAUAUCUGAGAGAAACUGGACUUGACAUUUUACAUAUUGGUAGGCUUACUAUUUCUCAUCUGAAUUAUAUACAUAUUUCCACAUUUUUAAUAAAUUCUUGAAAUUUUAAAAACAUAAAGUAGAACUAUGAGAAGGCUAUUUAUAUACAUACAUACAUACAUAUACAUAUUAUCACAAUUCUAAUUGCUGUAUAUUAUUGCCUUCAGUUUGAAGAAGAAACAGCUCACCCAAUAAUAAAAAAUGCAUAAUUUAAUGUUUUCCAAACCAAUAUUUAUUUCUUCUGUGAAAUACAAAGUUUACAUUUUGAACAAUAUCCUGGCUGCUCUUUGCCGUGUAAUGAAAAUGAAUGGGGACUAAGUCUCUCAAGUCUUUUGGUUUGUUUUGCAGGAUUUCUGUGAAAGAUUAAAAAUUUCAAUUGACUCAUUCCUUAUAUAUAUGUAUAUAUACAUACAUACACACACAUA